AUGGCGACACCGACCACUAGUAAAGGAAAUGAGUGGCGGUAUUUAACAACAGUUCCAAUCAAUCCAACUCUUGAUACCCCGAUUUCCGUGAUAACUUUUGAUCCAUACGAAGAACUUUUGUGGUGCGGAUCCAGUGCGGGAAAAGUCGCUUCAUUCACCGCCGCCCAACAUUUCAAUCGCUAUUCCGCUUUCGUGUCGACCCGAUUGGGCGCUGUCAAUGCGCUCGAAGUCACCGAAGAAGCUGUGUUCUCACUGACCGACGUGUGCCUCAGAAGCACAACGCGUCAGGGCAUCCCGAUCUCGAAGUAUAUGUCGCCGAGUAUGACGCACAUGAAAUCGCUCUAUCGUGUGCCGAACUCGUCGAUAUUUGUGAUGGGCGGCGAACAGGAAAAGCUCAUUCAAUUCGAUUAUGCGAAAGAGAAGGAGAUCCGAACCACCCAAAUGAAAGAGAACAGCGCCGUUUUGAUUCGCUCUAACAAUUCUAACUUAUUCAUAGCAGACACCAAUGGAUAUGUAAAUGUGAAAAACCCGAAAACGUUAGAAACGAUUCAAAGAAUUCCAUGCCAUUCUGAACGCAUAACCGAUUUUGAUGUUCAAGGCAACAAGCUGAUUACCUGCGGUAUAUCGCAAAGACAUACCACUUCGCAUGGCGAUCCAUUCGUCAAGGUGUUCGAUCUGCGGACGUACAAGGCUCUCGCACCGAUACCGCUCGCAUUUCCGCCGCAUUUUUGUAAAUUCAUGCCGUCGUAUUGCGAGCGAAUUGUGGUGGCGUCGCAGACGGGCGGCGUCCGAAUCUGGGAUCUCAACUCGAACAACAUCGGAACCUCGCUGAUUGUCGAGUCGAACGGAAUCUCGGCCAUGAAUUUCUCGUCGACGAAACAAUACAUGGCAUUCGGCGAUUUUUCAGCUUUGAGCAUUUAUGCCGAUCGAAAUGAGCCACAGAUUAACGCUCAAUCCUAUGAGACAGUGUUCGCGUAUGCACCGAUCGGACCUCCAGUAUCAUUCGGCAUCGAGGACAAUUUCACGCCACUCGCCGCCGUUCCAAUGCCAUUCACCGAAGAUGACACACUGCUCAGCGAUUGGCCGUCGGAAAUGACGCAGCCAAUGUAUCGACGAUCGCGUCCCGUCGGCGAGCACAGCGAUGUGAAGGUGAUGCACUACGUGACGCAAGUCAAGAAUCCAAGGAUCAACUCGAAGCUCCGCAAUCAGAACAUCGUGCCGUAUAUACUCGAAGACGAGCCGGACGACAAAAAGAAUGUCGAGAUCAAAAUCGAGACCGGAAAAGUGCGAGUGCAUCGAUUGUACAAAAAAUGCCCGCUAACCACAUCGGCGACGAUGUCAGCUCGACGAAUUCAGCCGAAGGAGCUGAAAUUCUCAUACAGUUACAACAAGACGAAUCAUGUGCCGCUUGAAACCACUUAUUACAUGAACUUGCUUAUUAACCCGUUUGUUUUGGCGCUAUAUCAUAUAAUUGGUGUGCGGAACACCUUGUAUGCACAUUUUUGUACAAAUGAACACUGUAUUGCAUGCGAUCUCCGCUUUCUGUUCGCGAUGAUCACCGAUAGAGCAAAAUCGAGCCCGGUUGUGAGCACGAAUCUUGUUCGAACACUGGUCGCCCAUGGAUUCACCACAUUGAAGACGAACGUGGUCACCGAUAGCUAUGCAGGCAUGAACUUGCUCCUCAGAGGAAUUUCAGAGGCGGCGUUUGAUCUCGAAUCUCAACCCGAAUCCGAGACAUGCUUGUUGAGCGACGACGAGCGAACGGUGCUCCGAACCGACCUGACCCUGAACAUGCGAUGUGUUCGUUGCUGCUCGUUCCAAUCGAAUCCGUGCCAAACCCAUUAUGUAACAUUGAACUAUAAUACCCAUGGCUCUCCGUCAUUUUGUACAUUAAUCGAAAAAGCGCUACACUUGGUGCCGCAAUUGACCGAUGAGCGAGAAUGUCCCGAGUGUUCGACGACGACGAGAAUGGACGGCAAACAGCGUGUGCGCUCAUUGGCGCCGAUAUUGAUCAUCGACACCAACGCGAAAAACGAUCAAUUCUUCAGCUUCUGGCAGCGGCAAUUGGCGGCGUAUGAGAAGCGGCCGCCGAGGGAUUAUCAGAAGGUGCCCGAAUCGCCGACGGAGAAGAAGUCGUGUCGGUACGGCGAUGAUUGCCUCAACAAAUCGUGCAAAUUCGCGCACGGCAAAAUCGAUUGGGACGAGGAAUGCACGACGAUUUUGGAGGAUUGCGACGACGACGGCUGGUCGCAUUAUUUGUGCUCGAAAAUUUUGGUUCAGGUGAAUGAUGGAAUCGUUCGACUCAACGAUGCGUCAACGUCGCCAUCUCUGGACGACACCGACUGCGAUGUCUAUGAGCUUGUCGCGUUCGUCACGGCGAUCGGAACCGGCGAGUAUCCGCCGAAAUGGACGCACACGGUGUCGUUGGUGAAGGACGAGGACGAGCUUCUGCCGUGGACGAUGAUCAACGAGCAGCUCGUCAGUCGCCUUCAUGAGAAUGAGGCGCUGCAUUUGGACGCGCGCUGGAAAUUGCCGAUGAUGUUGGCGUACGUGAAUCGGAAACAUUUCGACGCGGCGAUGCGGGGCGACGAGAAGAGAACGCCGGUUCCCGAAUCGGUGUUCUUCUCGGAUAAUCUCGCGCCGAACACGAUGACGUCAUCGGGUGAUUCGAGCAAAUAUGAGUUGCCCGGCAAGGGCGAGCUCGUCGGCAUCGACGCCGAGUUCAUUCGUAAGAAGGUCCAGUUGUGCAAAUUUGAUAGCGACAGUCGCGGUGUUAUCACGCGUGCGAUCGGCCGAAUAUCGUGUGUCGAUUCCACCGGCAAUCGAAUCAUAUUCGACGAUCAUGUCCAAGUGACGGAUGGCGAGUGUGUUGCCGAUUAUUUGACGCGAUACAGUGGAAUUGUGUCUGAUGAUCUGAAUGCGCAGCGAUCUUCGAAGUAUCUCACCACUCAGAAGAGGGUCUUCCUCAAAAUCAUGGUCCUCAUCGAGCGAGGCUGCAUUUUCGUUGGUCAUGCGCUCAACAAUGAUUUCAGUGUGCUCAAUAUUCACGUUCCCGAUGAGCAGAUCAUCGACACUGUCAACUUGUUCCGUCUCGAUUCGCAGCGACUUCUUUCACUGCAAUUGUUGGCGUUUCAGCUUUUGGGCGACAAAAUACAGGAGGAAUCGCACGAUUCGGUUGUCGAUGCGCAAUAUGCGAUGAAAGUUUAUCGCAAAUAUGAGGAAUUGAAACAGAAUGGCCAACUCAAAGCUGAAAUGCGUCGCCUCUACGACGUCGCGCCAUGCAGUUCGCCAAUGAAAAGCGUUUCACCAUGUAAUUCAACGACGAGCAAUAAAUAG